UAAAGGUUACCCAUCCUAAAUCGGUCCGAUGCCCUCGUUGCUUACCAUCAGCAUUUACAACGUCCACCACGUCAUUGCAAGAUUUAUCAGAUUAUACAGACAGGUACAAGUGAUAUCAGAUUGCCUGACAUUCGCGUGUUCUCUCCUCUGCUGCCAGUGCUGGGCCAUGCUGCCUGAGAACCCUCGUGAUGUUGAAGACAAACCCUCGCAUGAGGGUUUCAUAAUCUUGCCACAACACGUUAUAGACGAGCGGAAAGCAUGCGGCGAUCGACUGAAACAGAAUUUGAUAGACUUCAGCCCCCAAAAAGAAGACACUGAGGAGGUCCAGAAAAAAUGCGUAGCGUUCUGGAGGAGAGAGAACCAUGAAACUGUUAAGGAUAAUAAUGAUUCAGCUCAGCUUCACCACGAAGACCCUAAUGCUACAGUUACCAACACAGUUGUCACGUCUCGAGGUGAUGAGUUACCAGCUGUCCACGCCAAGGCGACCAAUAAAAGUAAGUGA